GUCGAGAGUAGAUCAGACUCUUGUAAAAAUCAAAUGAUUUGAUACAGAUUUUGUGGGAAACCACAAGCCCGAGGAUGAUGCGGGUCGUUGCUUGCCGGACCGCCUAAGUAAAACACUACCUACACCGGAAUGGAAUAAAAUCUCCGAGCAGGAGAGGGCCGCACGAACGGGGGAGACCCAGCGGUCGUGGGAAAGAAACUCACGAAAAUGAGUGCGUGCAGAAGGACAUCUGUGAAGAAGAUGUCGAAUGAAGACAGGGCGGCGGUCAUCGCGCGACACGGGACGUUCCCCUACAUCCAUGGAACUAUACCGGACAAAACAUUAUGUACGGAUACGGUGCCGUCACGAAGAUGUCGUCGCGGCCCCUGGUGGCGAGAAGGAAUCUCAAGAGCGGCAUGUGCCUUGGUCGCAGCUACUAUGCUAACGGAUUGUUCGCAAUUUAACAUCGUGCACCAAGCUGCAGCAUCAAGUUCAAGCUACGUCCCCGCGACCACGACCGCCUUUACUUCGCCUGUUCUUGAAGAUCUCAGGCCCGCCAGGCUGAACAGCGUCCACGAUCCGUACCUCCAGUCCUGCGGCUGCCACAUCCACUACGAACUCUGGGUCCGCACCUCGUUCGACAUGCAUCAAAUUCUCGUUCCUGAUCUGCCAGAGCUGAUGGCGAAGCAGGAUCUCUCGGACCCAAGGUUCCUAACGAUACGGGAUUUGAUCUUGAAAAACUCCAACGACUGCCCCAAGGGCGAUAGGGAGUACACAGAGGAAGAUCUUCUUCACGAUGAGGAGAAACAGGUUGGCGAUGCAGAUGACAUGAUUACUUCGCUGGAAUCCGAGUUUUUAGAGGAGCAGAUGGGAACUGCUGCUGCUCCUCCUCCAUCCUCAGCUGGAUCCUCUUCGUCCCAGGAAAAGGAAAAGCAGCAGAAGAUGAGUGACGCCACGAAAAAACGGAUUGCGAACGAGAUCGACGCCUAUCCUCUGCAAAAAUUAAAGUGCUGAUUGUGCUUAAUGUAGUACUUGUUACAAGAACUGAUUGUGAUGGUGCAUGAAAAUAUGAUACAGCAUUCUUGCCUUUUUCUGCUUCGAUGACUCAGCAUCCAUUGUAAAGUUCGGCGCUUCGUCCGAAGAAAGAAAAUUGUCAUGCGAGUGCUGGUGCUAGAGCUAGGAGGUCAUGUCUUUAUUUUUGCACUGCAUAACUCCACGGGGAUCACCAUUGCAGAAAACAGUUUCCAAGUGAUGUUCAACCAAAAAGAAAAAGCGAAGUGGACCGAUCCGGGCUACGUGAGCGAUUGCGUCCCCGGUCACAUCGCGGUUUUGAUGAAUUGCGCGCUACAAGCUGUUAUGCUAUUGUGCAAGAGAAGUUUCAUAGUCCUCGUACUAAUGCAGGUGCUCCUACUUCCGCGGAUACUACGCAUAGCAAGAAUACAGUACAGCUCCUUCAUCUUAGAGCGGGGUAACAAAUUCUGACGAGUUGUGGCCGUCCCACUUCUCACCCGCCCGGCCGGGUGGGUGACUAGUGGGACGGAACCAGGAUCCUGACCAGCUGGCCGGAUCUGAAAGCCUCAAAAACAACGCUUUUUGUUUUCCGCACCUGAUUCUUCUUUCUACCAGCCACACCCGCAGGUCUUGCAGGAGGUGGUAGAAAGAAGAUUCAGCUCGUGGACAAGAAAAUGCUGCUCUGGCUUACUGAAAGCCUCAGACAGCGCAGUUUUUUGUUUUCCGCACCUGAUUCUUCUUUCUACCAGCCACGUCUGCAGGUCUUGCAGGAGGUGGUAGAAAGAAGAUUCAGCUCCUGGUAAAAAAAGCGUUGCUUUGGCUUGCCGAAAGCCUCAGAAACGCCGUUGUUUGUUUUCAGCACCUGACUCUUCUUUCUACCAGCCACGUCUGCAGGUCUUGCAGGAGGUGGUAGAAAGAAGAGUCAGCCCGUGGUGAAAAAAGCGUUGAUUUGGCUUACUGAAAGUCUUAGAAACAGCGUUUUUUGUUUUCCGCGCCUGAUUCUUCUUUCUACCAGCCACGCCCGCAGGUCUUGCAGGAGGUGGUAGAAAGAAGAUUCAGCUUGUGGUAAGAAAAAUGUUGCUUGGGCUUAUUGAAAGCCUCAGAAACAGCGUUUUUUGUUUUCCGCGCCUGAUUCUUCUUUCUACCAGCCACACCCGCAGGUCUUGCAGGAGGUAGUAGAAAGAAGAUUCAGCUCGUGGCAAAAAAAAUGUCGGAAAGCCUCAGAAGCAGCGUUUUUUGUUUUCCAAACCUGAUUCUUCAUUCUACCAGCCACGCCCACAGGUCUUGCAGGAGGUGGGAGAAAGAAGACUCAGCUCGUGACAAAAAAAGCGUUGCUUUGGCAUUGGCUUAUUGAAAGCCUCAGAAAUAGCGUUUUUUGUUUUCCGCCCCUGAUUCUUCUUUCUACCAGCCACGACCGCAGGUCUUGCAGGAGGUGCCAGAAAGAAGACUCAGCUCGUGGUAAAAAAAAUGUUGCUUUGGCUUAUUGAAAGCCUCAGAAACAGCGUUUUUUGUUUUCCGCGCCAGAUUCUUCUUUCUACCAGCCACGCCCGCAGGUCUUGCAGGAGGUGGCAGAAAGACGAUUCAGCUCGUGGCAAAAAAAGCGUUGCUUUGGGCCUCAGAAAUAGCGUUUUUUGUUUUCCGCUCCUGAUUCUUCUUUCUACCAGCCACGCCCGCAGGUCUUGCAGGAGGUGGUAGAAAGAAGACUCAGCUCGUGGUAAAAAAAGUUUUGCUUUGGCUUACUGAAAGCCUCAGAAACAGCGUUUUUUGUUUUCCGCGCCUGAUUCUUCUUUCUACCAGCCACACCCGCAGGUCUUGCAGGAGGUGGUAGAAAGAAGAUUCAGCUCGUGGCAAAAAAAAUGUUGCUUUGGCUUACUGAAAGUCUUUGAAGCAGCGUUUUUUGUUUUCCGCGCCUGUUUCUUCUUUCUACCAGCCACACCCGCAGGUCUUGCAGGAGGUGGUAGAAAGAAGAUUCAGCUCGUGGCAAAAAAAUCGCUGCUUUGGCUUACUGAAAGCCUCAAAAGCAACGCUUUUUGUUUUCCGCGCCUGAUUCUUCUUUCUACCAGCCACGCCCGCAGGUCUUGCAGGAGGUGGUAGAAAGAAGAUUCAGCUCGUAGUAAAAAAAGUGUUACUGUGGCUUAUUGAAAGCCUCAGAAGCAGCGUUUUUUGUUUGCCGCACCUGAUUCUUCCGGCCACGCCCGCAGGUCUUGCAGGAGGUGUUAGAAAGAAGAUUCGGCUCGUGGCAAAAAAGCCGUUGCUUUGGCUUACUGAAAGCCUCAAAAGCAGCAUUUUUUGGUUUCCACACCUGAUUCUGCUUUCUACCAGGCACACCCGCAGGUCUUGCAGGAGGUGGUAGAAUUGCCGCCGUUCUCGUGGUCAGGAUCCUGGUUCCGUCCCACUAGUCACCCACCCGGCCGGGCGGGUGAGAAGUGGGACGGCCACAACUCGCCAGAAUUUGUUACCCCGCUCUUAAUAAACUUGAAUCAGCAUGAGAAAAUUCGAAGAAAAAUGUUUUAUGUGCGAGUGCAGUAGGUAGUACGAAAACCAAAAUGUCGAAACUCUUGCAGUGCAUACCUUUUCUCCUAAAGGACGAGGACAGUCGGGAGCCCGGGAAAUUCGGUCUCCAGCGGAACCUCCGGCACUACUACCGGUAUAUGCAGCUCGCGAACUACUAUGAACUGCAAUAGUAUUGUAUUUGUACUUGUAGUAGUUGCAGCCAUGCAUUACAAAUCUUUUUCUUGACGCAAAUCCGCAUGGCAAAUUUUAUUUCUCAUGCUGAGGAAGUUUGAAUUUCUAAUGCAUUUAUACGAGUAGGAGUACGAUACUUUUGCAAUUCAUAGCUACCAAAUCCCCCUGGUGACGUCGUGUCUGGACCGGUCGGUCUGGGGAUACGAUGUCGAAGAAUUUUACGACAAUUACCGCAACCUUGUCCUGACGCUCACGGACUUGUCGGGGGAACUGGAGCGGCGCACCGGGACGAAAAAAUCCUUGAAUUUCAUUAUCCUGUGCAAAAGUAUCGUACUCGUAUAAAUGCCAGACUAGCAUGACAAAUCUGGGUUCUUAGGUAAUUUAGCAUGACAAAUUCGUUUUUUCAUGCUGAGGAAAUUUGUGAUGCAUUUUUUUAUAUAUAAGAGUGCGAUACUUUUGCAGUUCAUAUUCAUGGACGCGAGCCCGAAACUGCUGCAGCAGAUCAUUUGGCGCAGCCGGGAGAAUAGACAGUCAGAAGCCCGGUUUUUCAACCAAAAAUUGUCGGUAACUGCAAGAAGAACUUCGGCAAGUAGAACUAGAGGCGCAGCGCAGAAGAACAGCUACAAAAGAGGAGCAACGCCACCACUACAACAAGAAGUUGAUGCACUGACGUCCUCCGACGAUCAAGAUCAAGAUGAGCCUUUUUUAACACCAUCGCCCGUGAAAACUUGCAGUUCCCUGUCUACAACUUCAACAAGCGCACUGAUUUCCUCCGAGUCCGACACAGCAGCGCCGCGCAAUAAAGCGAUGAAGAAAUCGCGGCACUGCGGACAGGAGCAUUCUCCUUCACCUGGAAGUACAGCAGACCGUGACGAAAAAACACAACGACUCAAGAAGUCGAAGCUAUCUUUCCUCUCCUCCACGAAGUGCGCCACGCUGGUGGAAUAUGUGAGUGCACAGCUCCCCCUCCGCGCUCUCAUUUGUGAUGCAAAAUACCAAAUCCAAGGAAGCCGCGGUGCUCUGUGGAGGUACCGUUUGCAUGACAGAUUCCGGAAGCUCUAGGAGCUCCCCAGUACGUACUGCAUUACGCGCAUGAACUUGUCAUGCACAGGCUCCACAGGUGCGGGUGUUCAUGCAAAAAUAGAAAUGAGGGGGACCGGGACGAGUUGUGCACUGUCAUAUGGAAAACGCCUGCAUCCACGGCAAUCAGCUGCACCUCUUCGGGCUGACCGGGGAGGAAAAGCGAGAUUUCACGGCCUUGCGGACCUGUGGGGAGUUUGGUAACUAUUGGUUCACGAACCUAGUUUUCGACGGCGAUAUCGACCCAGGGACGAGGAGGCUGUCGACGCAGAAGAAGCAAGCCUUCCAAAGCGCGAUGUGCAACAACGCGACGAGUCACUACACGGACACACUCUACGUUGUGACCGCGAUGAUGGCGGGCGUCUCCGAGGGAAAUCCCUACCACCUGCUCCACUUGACUGCCCCGGCGUUUUACCAGUUGCAGGCUGAGGAGUACGGGAUCUGUGCAGACCCCUUUAAAGUCGACAUCCGGUUCGAGUUCCCCAACCAGAAGCAGGAGGAAAAGAUGAACCAUUUCUGGCGGGUUUUGACCGGGCAAUACAAGAAAAGUGAAAAGCACAACAACCUCCCCUACAUGCGCCUGCCGGAUCAGACACAGGUCGAUAUUCUAGAAAUGAUAUCCUGGGCAAUUUUUCCAGAGUACUUGUUAUCGAGGUGGUCUUAGUAAUUGCAAUUUUGUUGCAUGACGUUGACAAAUCUGGUUUCCCAGGUAAAAUUCAGCAUGACUCACACUGAAGAUAUCGAUGGCAAUUUUGCAAUGACUUCUACUAGCAGACGAUGCUUUUGCACAGGAUAGAUCAUCCAGGGAAACUCGCAAGCGUUCGACCAAGGGGGCAUCGUGAAAUUUUGGUGGAGCCUGCUGAGCUACAACCCGCCCAUACCGCUCGGGCAGGACUUAAAGCCAAGAUGCUACGAGCGUACUGCUACAGAGUUGUGCUGUGGUUUCAUUCUCAUUUUCAGUGAUCUAGAUCUGUAGACGAAUAAAGCUCGCUGCAGCGGCAUUUGAAGACGUUCUUGUGCUAAGUAGUCGUACCAAGCAAAGCAGUCGGCUACAGAAGAAAGCGGAAGCGCUAUUGAUCCUUUCAUACACUUCGACGAAGAACGGUCAUUCGAGUUGAGAUCAAAUCCUCUACUACUUCCAAAAACCUCCAAGGUAUCGUCUUUGGCCGCGAGCCGCUCCGCACCGGUAUCGGCGGCUUCGUUACGAGUAGGAUCUUCAACUUCAUGUUAACCCGAGUACAUGAGGAAUUUUCGUCCUCGACGGGAACAUCAAAUGUAGGACAACUACAGGAGCACCAAAAAUCUACUUCCGCAGAAGUAGGCCCCAUCCCUCACCUCCCGCACAAGAACCCGGACUGCCCUGCAACUCUGCGGAACUUGGACACGGAAGAAGAAGUCAAAGCCUACUGCUACGAGAAUGUGCACCGAAACCUGUUCAUGAAUUCCAAUCCCGGUAAGAAUCGAUUCACCAGUGCCUCGAAGUUGAAGACGAUGUCCAACUCGUUAGUCCGCUGUUGCUCCGUCGAGUGGGACUAUUACCGGCGCAUGCUUUGGAGCAAGGUAGACGAGGAUAUAAUCGUGGGAGGUUCCACAACCGCGGAGCUUCCGGGAGAUCAUCAUAUUGAAGUUACUAGCACCGGCGCAGAAGUAACUAACGACAUGCAACACGCGAUCCUCGCAUACCAACAUAGAUACGGCAGCAUAAGUACUAAAACCGCAGGGGCUGUUGCUUCAUCAUCAUCCAACAUUCGUGCAAACAGCAAAAAUCCCCACGACUGCGAUUUUUUCCGCGACCACACCUGCCUGCACGAAUUCCCGCGCACCUCGCUACCAUUGAAGGACAUUCCCGGCGCUGGUGCGCCAAGAACAAAAGCGAAUGACGACGAAGGACACCAGCAGGAAGAAGUAGAAGAAGUGUCUACGCUGUACCGCUUUGAAAACAGCACACACCCGGUUAUGCAAGAAAAAAUCUGUGUGAGUGUAAAUCUGUCAUGCAGAAAAUGCAAAACUGUAUACAUUUGUCAUGCUGGGUCUGCGUCAUAGGCUACUUUCCUACGUGUUUUCAGAUAUUGCCUUUGCAUGACAGGUUCUUCUUCCUGUAAAAAUGCAAAGCGAAUUUGUGAUGCUGCUCUUCUUCUUUCUACAAAGUUACACUUACGCAGUUUUGGUCCUGGAUACCGGUGGAGACGAAUUUGGUGAUUGUGCAGCGCCUAUGCAAUGCAAUAGUAUCGUACUCGUAGUACUAAUUGCAUUUAUGCAUUACAAAUCUCGUUCUCAAGGUAAAUCAGCAUCACAAAUUUAAUUCUUAAUGCUGGGCCAAGUUGUCAUGCAAUUUAUACUAGUACGAUACUUUUGCAGUUCAUAGCGCCAGAAAAAAGCGAAGAGGACUAUGGCGCUCUCAAACGAUACAUUCUCAACUGUUACGUGAUUUGUCAUGUAAAAUGAGCAUGAGCCGCAAGACGAUUAAGCUGCUUCGCAUGACAAAUUAUCGAAGUGCCAAACAGCAUCCAAAUCCGUGCGAAACUUGUGAUGCAAGACUUGCAAGCUUUACCUUUUCCCUAUUGCUGUUUUUGCAUGACAAAUUCAUGUAACAGUUGAGAAUGUGACAGUUGAGAACGCCAUAAGGACCUUUGAAAACUUGAGCGAGCUACUCGCAUUUCUCUCCUCGGUUGGCAAAGUCGCGGUGCUGGUCGUUAUGCACUGCAAAACAAGCAUCGUACUAACUUAGUAUAAAAAUAAAUCGCAUGACAAAUUUCCUCCGCUUGAGAAAUGAAAUUUGUAAUGCGGAUUUGACUAAAGAAAGAAAUUUGUAAUGCAUGAAUGCGAUUAGCACGAGUGCGAUGCUCCUUUUGCAAUGCAUAGUCGUGUAUCUGGAGCAAAUCACGCCAACCACGCAGUACUUUCUCGCCAGACAAGCGGACAUCUGGAUGGGGGCGACCGGCGCAGCUAACGCCUGGGCGGUGUUUAUGAAGCCGGGGUCGAUCCUGUUGGACACCUUUCCCCCGCUAAACGGCUUCUGCGAUCGCGGGUGGAACAUGAUAUGCAGUGCAAAUAUGUCUGGAUCUAGAUCUUCUGGAAGAAGUAGAACAGUGCAGGAGGAGACUUGUGAUGCUUUGUGACCGUCACGCAAAAGUCCGUCGUACAAAACUCGGAAAAGAUGGUGUCCAUUUUUAGCCAGGAUCUUGAGACGGCAACAUUCCUCAUGCGACGAGAUAGGCAUCGCAUAGACCACAUCUACCCUGCCGAAGAACCUCUGAAGAUACUAGACCCUGCAUAAUUACAGACAUAUUUGCAUUUGAUACAUGAACCCCGUGACGCAUUUUGGCGGGCUGACCAGGUUGAACGGGAAAGUACACCACAAUUGCGAGGUGCACAAGUCUAACAACGGGGAAUCGCGGUGGUACAUGAUUAAGCAGUACAUUGCGGAGUAUGGCGGCGGCUUCUGGCACUCCCAGAACAUUUUCCUGGACAUGCGCAAAUUCGCGAAACUGUGGGAGGAGGCACAGAGGGUUCUGAACGACGAAAUUUUGCCGCCGCAGGUGAGGUUUAAAAGUGCAACUAGUAGUUUUGAUGAUACUGCUGGGGGAAUAAUAGAUCCAGUCGCUCAACAACACAGAGAAGGUUUCUUGGUUCCAGGGGCGACUAACGAGGACUUUUUUGAAAAAGAAGAGAAGCUUUUCCUAGCGGAGAAACUGUUAGAGGGCACAGAAAGGGAGGCGGAGACCUUCUACCGAAGUCCCAGCACUGCGAGAAGGGAAUUUAGCUACUAUCGGCAUAAUCUUUAAAUCAUGAUGUCAAUACAUAGUAGUUCCCUCAUCUUAAUAUGCGUGCAAGUACGUGAGGACAAUAAAGAGAACGACUAGGAGUAGGACUGAAUCUACACGACUCGGAAAAGAUACAAUAACUCAAAUGCAGCUGGUGUGCGAAGUAACAAGUAGUCCGGUUAAUCAAGAAAUAAGAUGAACGUCGCGCAGAAGGUGCUACUUGAC